UCAAAACUCAAAAUGGCGGGUCUUGACUUGCAGUUGAAGGUUCGACAAAAUGCUGAAGAACUUGGAGAUUUUUUAAAAGAUUUAGAUCGAUGGGAGACUGAUAUAAAGAAGAAAGAUGAAGAAUUGAAAUCCUCAAAAACCUUGUUAAAAAAGGCAUUACCUCCCGUAAGAAAUCAAAGAAGAAAGAAAAAUGCAAAAAAGAAAGUAGAAAAGCCAAGCAAAGAUGUCAAAGAUGGUCCCAAGAGAUUAAGUUCUUAUGAUUACAAUGCUUGGGAUAAAUUUGAUGUGGAUGAAGAACUGAAAAAACUUGAAGAAAAUGAAGCAAUGGAAACAGUUUCAUCAUCUGAAGAAGAUACUUCUGAUGAAGAAGACAUUGAAGAGGAAAGACGACUGCUAAAGGCAUUGCUAGAAAAAGACAAGGGGAAUGAUUUUUUCAAGGAAGGGAAGUACGAAGCUGCCAUCAGUCGUUACACUAUCGCCAUCCAGCUAGAUCCAAGUAAUGCUGUUUUCCCAGCCAACAGAGCCAUGGCCUUGCUAAAGGUUCAAAGGUUCGGUGCAGCAGAGGAGGACUGUAAUACUGCCAUAGCGUUAGACGUUUCCUAUACAAAGGCAUAUCUUCGUCGGGGGGCGGCUAGGGUACUUCUUGGGAAGCUGAAGGAGGCCCUGGAUGAUUACGAGAAGGCUUUAAGACUUGAACCAGAGAACAAACAAGCUAAACAGGAAAUUGCUCAACUAAAACAAAAACUUGAAAAUGGCAAAGUCUCAACUUCUAAAACGGAUACUCGAGAUGCAAGAGAAUUAAAAAGCAAGAAACCUUUCAAGAGAAUCCAAAUCGAUGAAAUUGGUUCUGAUAGCAGCGAAGACGAAAAUACAGAACGCGAGUCUUGUGGUGCUAAAACUACCAGGGACCACUCAGAGAAGCCUAAAGAUGGAUUUGGUACCGAGAAAGAUGACAAUAGAAAUAAUAAAAAUCAAAAAGCACCCAAAAUUAUGGAGAUUCCGUCAUCCGCUGACCCAGGCACAGGUUCAACUGAGACAACCAAGUCACCGGAAGUAACUGAAGAAAAGAAGCCGAAGGAAGGAACUAAAACUGCACCAAAGAAUAGUAACAUUAAAAACAAAAUAUAUGAAAUACCCAAGACUUCGAUACAGCUAGAAAAAGACUGGAAAGAACUGAAAAAUAAACCAAACCAACUGUUUGAAUAUUUUAAGAAAAUCAGUCCAAAGGCCUACUCAAAGUUAUUUCAACAAGCUAUCGAUUCUGACAUGCUCAGUGCGAUUAUAUCCCUCUUACACGACUAUUACAUUCCAGCUAAGCUGCCUGUGUACAACGAACUAGAAGGUCUUGCUCAAGUUCAAAGAUUCGGAAUGACAGCAAUGUUUUUAUCUGCAAACGAUAAGAAAGUUCUACAAAAUCUCUUUACUUACAUCAAGGAUAAUAUCGUUGAUAACGGUUCUCCAAGUGAGACUCGGCUCGAAGCUGUUAUGAAGAAAUAUUGCUUAUGACAGCUGAUAGAACCCCCUGAUAUAGACAGAGGAACCUAUAGACAGACAGACAGACAGACAGACAGACAGACAGACAGACAGGCGGACAGACAGGCGGACGGACAGAAAGACAGUUUAGACCGCUAUAAGAAAGGUGGGCGGACAGACGGAUAGACGUCAAACCAACAGACAAACAUACAGGACAGACAGACAAACCCAAGUGUCCUGACAAAAUGUUUAGUGUGAAGAUUUUCUCUUGCUUAUAAAUAAAUUAAUAUUUAUAUUUCA